ACUAAGCCAGCACUUGCUUCUCUGUACCAUCGAGAAACGGACGAUCAGAUCGUUAUGAAAUAAACGAGCCGUCGCCGUGCUGUUGUCCACCAUUUUUAUAUUUGAUUUCUUCGUCUUUAUCGUAUUUCUGCUAGCGUCUUUUGGUCGACGCGCUUCAUAGUCAUGUUUCUUUAUGCCAUAUCAUAAUCGAUUCAAAUCAUAAUUUUUGAAGGUUGAUACUUAUAAAAACACCUCUGAACUACUAAAAUGGCAGAAGUUACUGAUGUGGAAAGUAUCAAAGGUAGAUUUGGUUGGAUAACUAUUGAAGAAUGCGAUGUUUUAUAUAUCACACGAAUAAUUAAUGGAGAACAUUUAAAGUUUAUAUCUGUGUUGAUGGCAGAAACUCACCUACUCAGGGAACACUUACAAUAUUUUAAUCCAGACAUUUAUAAAUGUUUAUCUGUGAUAGGUCACAAUAUUACCAAUACCGAAGCAAAAUUAUUAAACAAGAUCAAUUUACAGCAUUGUGAAUGUAUGUUUGGAAUACAUAAAUUCAUUGCUGGAAAAGAUUGCAUUGUCUGUUUAGAAGAUGCCCAAGAGUUAAAGAAAUUUUUAGUCGCAUGUUAUAAUAAAAUACAGUCAAAUAUUAAUGACCAGACAAUACAAUUUGGUUUUAUUAAAAUUGGUUUAUAUUUUAUUCCAUACUAUAUUAAAGAGGACCAAAAAUAUCUUCCACUUUUCUACUUUGAAGGUUCAACAGAUGACCUAUUAAUAGGAGCUGUGGAACUUAAAAAUUGGGAUUUGGCUUAUCUUAAAUUUUGUUUCCAAGUUAUGGGCGUCUACGAUAAUUUAUAUGAUAAGGACUAUUGCACUGUAGUCAGUCUCAAUGAUGUAAAGAAAUAUUAUCCACCGGAAACAACUUAUGAGGAGUUUUGGCCUAAAAACGUGUCUACUGAACGUCAUGUAAUCAAUCACAAUAAAGAUCACCAUAAGCCAGGUGUCUGGAUUAAAAACUGCGCUCAAAUAAAUCAUCCUUAACCAGUUAAUGUUAAUUAUAUUCAAUCCACCAGUCAAGUCCCACAAUAGCAACAACAACAAAUUGUGAUUAUUCCUCUUCAGGAAUCAAAUAAUGGACAAUUUAUUGACUUAACUAACGACUGACUCUAAAACCGGAUUUAUAAAAUAAUGGGCCUUGGGGCAAAUAGUUAAAAUGGGUCCCAUGAAGGUACCAAAAAUGUAGCAUAAUAAAUAACCUCAAAUAUUUUUAAAUUGUAUAGAUGUUAUAAAUUAAAAACAUUUAAAAACAAUAAUUGUAAUUAUUACACAUAAUAUAAUAUUUAAAAUAAAUUUAUUAAUUAUUAAUUAA